ACCUAUUGUUUCCAAACUGCGUUACCCACUCCAGCCAGCAGAUGGCGAUGUGCGUCUUUCAGGUGAUGGUUCUUGCGUGACGUGUAAUGGACUGGACGGGACGCUUCUUCAGGAACAACAAGACGCCAACUCUUUCAACCACCUCGGUAGCCUGCUAGACAACAUAAAACUGAAAGAUUGAUUCUUUAGACCAUGUUAUUGUACAUUAGCUAAUCUCAGUGUUUUAGACAAAUUUCGGUUGACGUAUCUACUGGUGAACUUUAACCUAAUGUGCUUGUUCAAUUUGCAAACUUGUUAAAGAUUGAUACUGAGGUUAGCACUAGGCUAGUCGCUAAUGCUAGCUAGCUAGCUAGCUAACAUCCCUGACCAUGAGCUCACUGAACUACUCCUCCCUUGCUAAUGAAGAGGUCUGCUUUACGGAGAAAGAAUCUUUCAGAAUGAAAAAGGAGGAAGAGGAGGCUGUUAUAGUGAAAGAAGAGAAAGAACCCUUUAGAGAGGAAGAGGGUGCUAUCUCAAUAAACGUGAAGGAGGAAGACGUUUUGAGAGUGAAAAAGGAGGAGACAGAAGAUCCGAUUGACACCAGAGAGAGACAUGACUAUGGUGGAUCCUCUGCGGAGCCUCAACAACAUCCUGAUGCUGACGAGGCAGAGAAGAGUCUCUCCAGACCAGAACACCAGAUGGACAACGCUAGCCCUUCCACCCUCCCGGAGUCCAUGUGUCGUGCCUCUCCCAGUCGCACCUUACUGCUGGGUAUGAAGAGGUUGUCUGUGCUGCUGGUGGACUUCAGGAAAACAACGGGGCUGAGUGGAACUGUGAGGGGAGGAGAAGAGAUGAAAGGAUCAGAUUUGACUCAUCAAAGAGAAAGACCAGACUCAGAGGAACCAGAGCCAGGGACGUCCAAACCAGCAAGACGACACCAGUGCUCCCACUGUGGAAAGGGUUGGAACAAGUUAAGUGAGCUUAAACGACAUGAGAUAAUACACACAGGGGAAAAGCCUUAUGACUGCUUCCAGUGUGGAAAGAGUUUUAAAGAUUUAGGGAACCUGAAACGACAUGAGAGAAUUCACACAGGGGAGAAGCCUUACCACUGCUCCCAGUGUGGCAAGUUUUUCAACCAGUCAGGGGAGCUGAAACGGCACGAGAGAAUUCACACAGGGGAGAAGCCUUACCACUGCUCCCAGUGUGGCAAGUUUUUCAACCAGUCAGGGGAGCUGAAACGGCACGAGAGAAUUCACACAGGGGAGAAGCCUUACCACUGCUCCCAGUGUGGAAAGAGUUUUAACCUUUUAGGGAACCUGAUACGGCAUGAGAGAAUACACACAGGGGAGAAUCCUUUCUACUGCUCCCAGUGUGGAAAGUGUUUCAACUGGUUAGAGGAUCUGAAAGAGCAUGAGAGAAUACACACAGGGGAGAAGCCUUUUUACUGCUCCCAGUGUGGAAAGUUUUUCAGCCAGUCAGGGGGGCUGAAACAUCAUGAGAGAAUUCACACAGGGGAGAAGCCUUACCACUGCUCCCAGUGUGGAAGGAGUUUUAGCCAGAAAAACAACCUGAACCAACACGAGAAAAUACACAGAGGGGAAAUGCAUUACCACUCCUCCCAGGGUGCAAAGCAUUUGCCCAUUAAGGAAGCCUGAAAGAACAUGACACAGAGGAGAAGGCUUUACAGAAGCUCAGACUUUGGGAAAACAUAUUACUCAUAACAAUCACUUAAACGUCAUUAGAGAAUCCACACAGGAAAGAGAAAUUACUUCUCUUAGCAUGUAUAUUUCACAUCUCAUUGACCUACAAUUCAUCAGAGAACAUACACAGUGCACCUGUUGUCUUAUAUUGUUGCCUUAUAAUGUGUUUACCUGUUUUUACCAGAUGAAAUUGCUUCUUCCAAUUAUUGAUAAACAUGUACCUGUUAAGAAACUGACUGUUAGAACUGUUAAGGCUCAGAAGCCAAAGAAAUUCCCCUACCCAAGAGUGGUAAAGCGGCCUUUACUGGUUCUAACAGCAGACCUAUAAACUUGCUGCCAGCUCUUAGCAACCUGUUGGAAAUUGUGUUUGAACAAAUACAAUGCUAUUUCUCUGUAA